AAGGGUUUUACUUCCCCUUCCCUGCGGUCUCCCUUGAGUGCUCUGCGCCAACAAAUUACAUCACGGCAAAGACAGAUUUUGAAAGAGCUACAGAAAAAUGCUCAGAUCACAGGCCACUUUGCUCAUUCUUCUAUCACUUUUCUGCAUCUUCUUCAAUUCUUCCGAUGCACUUUACGGACCUUCAUCGCCAGUCCAUCAGCUUACUCCCUCCAACUUCAAAUCCAAGGUUCUAAAUUCCAAUGGAAUUGUACUGGUUGAGUUCUUUGCACCUUGGUGCGGUCAUUGUCAAGCUUUGACACCUACAUGGGAGAAGGCAGCUAAUGUCUUGAACGGUGUUGCUACUGUGGCUGCACUUGAUGCUGACGCACACCAGUCCCUUGCUCAGGAAUAUGGAAUUAGAGGAUUCCCUACAAUAAAGGUGUUUGCCCCUGGAAAGCCCCCAGUUGAUUACCAGGGAGCUAGGGAUGUGAAGCCUAUUGCAGAAUUCGCUCUCCAGCAGGUGAAGGCACUUUUGAAGGAUCGCUUAAAUGGAAAAGCAUCUGGAGCAUCCAGUGAAAAAUCUGAAUCUAGUGCAUCAGUAGAAUUGAAUUCCCAAAAUUUUGAUCAAUUGGUGAUAAAAAGUAAAGACCUUUGGAUUGUUGAGUUCUUUGCACCUUGGUGUGGACACUGCAAAAGGCUGGCUCCUGAGUGGAAGAAGGCUGCCAAUAACCUGAAGGGGAAGGUGAAGCUUGGUCAUGUUGAUUGCGACUCUGAGAAGUCUCUAAUGAGCAGAUUCAACGUGCAAGGAUUCCCCACCAUCUUAGUAUUUGGAGCAGACAAAGAUACCCCUAUUCCUUAUGAGGGAGCUAGAACUGCUUCAGCAAUUGAAUCUUUUGCUCUGGAGCAGCUUGAAACAAAUGUUGCACCAGCUGAAGUAACAGAGCUGACUGGCCCAGAUGUCAUGGAAGAGAAGUGUGGUUUGGCUGCCAUCUGCUUUGUUGCUUUCUUACCAGAUAUUUUGGACUCCAAGGCAGAAGGAAGAAACAAGUACCUUCAGAUGUUGUUAGCAGUUGCAGAGAAGUUCAAAAGGAGUCCUUACAGCUAUGUUUGGUCUGCUGCUGGUAAACAACCAGAUCUUGAGAACCGUGUAGGUGUUGGUGGAUAUGGUUAUCCAGCUUUGGUGGCGUUGAAUGUAAAGAAAGGAGCAUAUGCUACACUUAAGAGUGCAUUUGAGCUUGAACAUCUUGUAGAGUUUGUAAAAGAAGCAGGGCGGGGGGGUAAGGGCAACCUGCCUUUGGAUGGCAACCCUGUUAUUGUGAGGACAGAACCAUGGGAUGGCAAAGACGGACAGAUCAUUGAGGAGGAUGAAUUCUCUCUUGAAGAACUGAUGGUAGAAGAUACUGCAAGUAAGGACGAGUUAUGAUCCUUUUGGAAAAAAUGAAUAUGUUAAGAGUUUAGGCCUAAGGAAAGAACAUAAAAUGGAUUUUUUUGUUCCUUUUUAGAAAGUUAAAAUCGAGACUGUCUGUUUUAUGAGUUAACUAGCUUUACUAGAUUUAUGUCAAUCUUUCCAUGGUGAAAUGGUUUGUUCUCCAAUAUGACCCUUUUUAAGGAAACGUUUUUGAUGAUAUAUGCUGUGUAUGAUAUGCAAGGGUGUCAAAAUC